AUGGCAGACGACGACGAGCCCGACAGCCUCGACACGCAGAGGAUAGCGCAAAUCAAGAUGUUGACUUCGAAACGUUCGCCCCCUGCUAUCUCCCGACGCGACCGUUCCGCUCCACAAACCGACGAAGGCGCGUCGCCAUCACGUCCGCCCGCAACGCGCGAUGAGCUCACUCCCCACCACGCUCAUGCCGUUCCACCGCGCCUGAAGUUCGCAACGACUGCUCCAAUUACGCUCACAUCUACUGAAAAGGUGACACCGCCGUCCAGGAUGUACAAUUCGUUUUCUGGCUUCGGCGAAGGCGACGGUCCGGGAGAUACCCAGGUGAUGGACUCGCAAAUCUACAAAGAGUUCACCAACGGAAACACGUUUGUCGCGGCGCCAGAGCAUAACGAAGACGAGGAGGACCAAUCCACGCAGGGCGAUACGUACGGCAAUGGCACAUUGCAGGAGGGCGACACCGGGCACGUCGAUAUUGUCAGUCAUUGUCCAGAGAACGGGCAGAAUGACGAUUCGUCCGCCUACGGGGAAGGCAAUAGUCCUGAGCCCAGUCUUGAUGGAGAAUCGCAGCAUGGGACGGAUUUCACCUCGCAUUCGUUCAUUGCGCCUCCGGAGACUCCCGCAACGGUCAGUAAAAUGUGCAACUGUCGUGACGAAGCCCUGAGUUCAGACACGCGCACGCCGGGCUCUGCUACGGCCAAACUUUUCAGUAAUGGUACAGGACUCAAGAUGCUCUCUAUGAGCCAGUUGUUCAACGGGUCCCAAGGGCAAUCCUCUCCGCAGCUGGAUAACCAAUGCUCUGAUCCCAUGUUCCAGCGCCCUUCGCCAGGGUUCAACAUGCGCUACUCGUCCCCGGUUCUGCUAAAUUCCUCGCCUGCAAAACCCAUCCGAAGCGAUCCUCUGCGCGCUGCGACCGAGCCGCGAGAUACAUACAUGACAAUGAAGGAGUCGCAAGAGCAGCGGGAAGCUAAGAAGAGAGCUGAACUAGAGGAUCAACUGCAGCGGCUGCAGGCCGAGGAUACCGACGAGUCUGAAGACGAAGUGACUGCGGAAAUGCGAAAAGCCUCGAUACGCAAGAUCCAGGGUCAGCUCAACGAUAUCACCAUGACGGUGCUCACAGAACCGGGAGAGUUUAAAUCAGGCCAGAAAGCCCGUCGGCAGAUGAGCGACACGGCACUAUUCACUCCGGCACGUCUGAGGAAAGUGAAGAGCGUUGUAGAGCUCUCAGAUGGACUUGACGCUCCUCAGGAUGUUGACGAGGAUUCUCUAGACGAGCUGUCCUCGCCGCCACCGACAUCCGCGCUACAAAGAAGGUCGCAAUCGGUUCAGGUGCCUAUGACGUCGUCUCGACCGCACAACAGUUCCGGUCGACAACAGAAAAUUGGCGCGCAUUCGAGUCAACGAGAAGAACACGGUGUGCCAGGAAGUCAAGCAAACUCGAGUCGCCGUCGAACGAAUGCGAUGCAGCAGGACUACCAGCAAGCUGUAGAAGAUGAUCAGUCCGACGAAACAGAUUAUAUCGCAGUCGCAGAUUCUCAACCGCGCCUCUCACAACGAGGAAACGGCAACGAAGCACCGCCUAGCCUUCCUAAUGUUUCUUCCACUGAUGCUCGCGUGGCACAGUCUCAGUACUCCAUAAAUGAAGGCGAAUCAAGUCUCGGCGUACGGGGCCGAUAUUUACAACGAGCUAUUAAUACGUCCUCUGUGCCAAGGCCGCCAGAGGAUUCGAGUCUGGCACAACUGCCUGUAGAGCCAAAUGCUGCCCUUGCGGACGAUGAAGAGGGACGAAACGUUCCGAGCAGCCCUCCGUUGCUUGCCCAAUCAAUGGAAGAUGAUGAGGCUGUAGAUGCUAUUGGUACUGACGAUGGUGAAGAGACAGUGGAUGAAGAUUCUGGGACCGAUGAAGAUAUGCAUGACAUUGAGGAAACCGAGCAUGUUUCGUACAAUGAAGACUACGAUAAACCGGACUUGCCAGCCGAUCUCGUCGAUUCUAGCCAACCGUUCAGGGACGGAGAUGACGAGCAGUCAAACAACGAAGACGAAGAUGGAGAAGACGAGGUCCAGGAUGAAACGGCUAAUCAAGUUCAAGAUGAUGUUGCGCACGAGGAUGGACGAGGAGCUCCAGUUGAAGACGAAAAUCAACCGCAGUUCCGUGCCACGCUGCAACGGAUUUACUCGACAAUACCCGAAACGGACCCUAUGGAAGAAGACGAGGAUGAUGCAGAAAACCCACGACCACAGCAACCUGAACAAUCGGGAGCCAACUCCCCGGUCUACAACGCUCAACCAGUCGAAGGACAUGCGAACGAGCCAACAGGGGAAGCGGAACACUCAACCACUAUGCAACCCUAUGAGACAGCUGAGCCUCGUAUCUCAGCUUUAGCAUCCCCUCUCAGGCCACAUCUUAGUCAACAGAAGUCGCUGUCGAGUCCGACGAGAAGCCCGGCACCGACUAAAACGUUGAGCCAGCAUACACCUGCCUCUACGCAUGUCCGAAAGCUUACAGACAUCGCCCAAGAUCCAUCACAAGCACAGCCCUUUGAUCUGGAUUUGGACUUUUUCACUGAAAGCGUCUUGACCGAGAACGACAAGGAGUAUCAGCAGGUGAUGUCCGACAUUGGACCAUCUCCUACGCGACCAAAUAAACGCAGGAAGCUCUAUAGCGCCCGCGCUCUUCAGGAGUCACCAAGGAAAAUUAAUCACAUACCUUCUCCCUCCCCUGCUCCGGACAAGGAAAGGAUGUCAAAUACGAACAGUUUUACUGAAAAUAAUGGAGCUAUGCCUAUUGAAAACACCGAAGAGGCAGUCUUUAUCAAGCCGGCAGUUAUGAAGAGUGGUAUUAGCGGCAAGCUUGUUCGGCCUACUGCUAAAUUUUAUGGCAAAAAGAGUUCUGCGCCGGGAAAGGUUCAAGAAGCAGCAGCAAAGAAGACUGCACAAAGGGUCCUUGAGGUUGCUGAGGCGCCACAGACGCGACUGCCCAAAGAUGUCAGGAAGAAGACUACAGAAGCACCUCCCCGGCCCUCCAGGGAAGAGCCCCAUCCUCGGGUUCUGCAAGAGGAACCCGAAGUGGCAGCACCCGCGACAGAUGAUCAGCCUAUCCCUGUGGAUGAUAACACCGCUGAACGAGUCAUGGUCGAAGAUUCCGCAACAAGCACGCCUAAAAAUGUGGUUACGCCCAACCGGGUUUUGGCAUGGUUCAGGGGCAGCUCAAUGGUAUUCUAUCCGGCGACAUGUCUAGGCCUGUCUCCAGACAACUUCCGUUACCGAAUUCGCUUCGACGAUGGUGCAAUAGACAAUCUCGAAAGGAACCAUAUCCGCAGCUUCGACCUUCGCAAGGGCGACCUGGUCAAGGUCGAUUUGAACAAGAUGCGUACAAAGUCGUACAUUGUCCGCGGUUUCAAAGAUAUCAUAUCGCCCGCUGAAGCCACUGCUGUCACAUCUGUAAACGAGGCUUCCAAAAAUGAUUUCCCGCUCACGGACAUCCAUGGUGCAAAAACGGUUGUCCUCGAAGUCAAACAGCGAAACAGCUUACCCGCGAAAGCCCCCGAGACUGUUGAGGUGCUCAUCGAGAAAAUCUAUAUUACCAGCACCAUGUGGACCCACUUCGCGGACCGCACUUACAGCCAUCCCUCAGAGGCUUUGCUGAACAACGCACGACCGCAAACGCCUUCAACCGUGUUUUCGGCUCCUGAUACACCUAAUACCUCCAAAUCUCGCCGUCAGCCACCUUCGACCCUUGCCAAGUCCGUUCAGCGCUCGAUUACCGAGCCGGCUACUCCAAGGCCUACUGCCACCGGUAUCUUUGCUAACAUGGCCUUUGCAAUCACGUUUGGAGACUCGGCUGCCGAACGUGACGAGGUUUGUAGAUUGAUAACCAACAAUGGCGGCAUCAUUCUCGACGCAGGCUUCGAGGCGCUCUUCCGCACUUCUAGCCACGCUUCUGACACUAACAGCCCCAUGAAGCCUCCCUCCACAUCCGUCACCAACAAAGCACUCUCGACGCCCCAACCCAAGGCCGCCAAUAGCCCGUCCACAGAUGCAGCGCCGGACGAGCAGGGCCUAGUCCUUACCUCGUCCGCACAACGCCUUGGCUUCACGGCCCUCAUCAGUGACCGCCACUCCCGCCGCACCAAGUACAUCCAGGCCCUCGCGCUAGGUCUGCCAUGCCUCUCCGCGCGCUGGAUCCGCGACUGCGCCGCUGCCAGGGCCAUCAAGCCAUGGCAGUACUACCUCCUCCCCGCAGGCGAGUCGACCUACCUCAACGGCGCAGUGCGCAGUCGCACCGACCUCACAUCCUACUACGACGCCAGCGAUAUAGGCAGCAGCGACGACGAAAGCGAAGGCGAAGCGCGCCUGACGCGCGUACUCCAGCGCCGCCCCAAGCUGCUCGACGGCAAGAGCGUGCUCCUCGUCACGGGCAAGAGCCGCGCCAAGGGCCGCGAGGACCGCCGCCGCACGUACGAGUUCCUGACGAGGGCGAUGGGCGCGACACGCGUGGGCCGGUGCGCGGACGCGGGCGCGGCGCGAGACUUGCUGGAGCGCGAUGAUGAGGCUAGGCCUUGGGACUGGGUGUAUGUUGAUAGUGCGGAGGGCGAGUUCGCUGAGGCGCUUGUGUCUGGUGCUGGUGCUGGUGGGAGCGCCCGCAAGAGGAAGCGUGCCCUUGGUGCUGGUGCUGGGGGGAGUGGGGGCGUGUGUACGGUGCUGGUGGGAGAGGGGAGGGGCGUUAAGGUUGUGAAUGAUGAGUUUGUGAUCCAGAGCUUGAUUUUGGGGGCGCUGGUUGAGGAAUGA